GCAUUUUCAUCAGUUCCUCUCCGAUCAUUCCAAUAUCUUUCUCUUUCAAGUGGUACUUUGUCUUGAAGAAACUUUGAAAGUUCCAGUUCACCAGGAUCUCAUAUCUUCCAAUGCAGUCUUGCUUCCGAGCAAGCCAAAAGUAUAGAUCAGUUUCUAUAUUGUUAAGAGCACACAUAUUGCAAGCGAAUGGGUAGUUGUAAACAGGGCAGGGGUGAAGACAGAAAGAAGGGAGGCACGGAUUGGAUUGGAUUUUGCAAUUCGUUUUUAAUCUGUUAACUCUUUGUGGGCCAUCCACUCGGAUUCCUCUGUAGACAGAAAUAAGCAUGCAUUGUACGAAUAUAUAUAUUCAAAACUGGUUGGGGGGUUGUAUUCAUGGCCGUGACUUCUAGUUCAGGCAGUCAGUACAAUUCCCAUUCCGACGAUUUUGGCAAUGCUGGCGGAGGAGACCGUGACAAAUCCAAUGUAAGAGAGCAGGAUCGAUUUCUUCUGAUAUCAAAUAUUAGCAUAAUUAUAAAGAAAGUGUUUACCGGAAAUGCCAAGAUUGCAAUGUAUGCCAAAGAAAUUGUGCAUCUUUGAGUUUAUAAGCUUCAUCACAAGC